AGAGAAAAAACAAAAAUGGCUGCGCCCAGUAUGCAUUGUAUGUUCGACGAGAUUCGCAAAACUUUCCAAAUCAGCGAAAUUACAGACAACCAGCGAAAAGCCAUCGCAGCAGUGAUAAAUGGUCACGAUGUUUUUGUGGGAACAAGAACGGGGAGCGGCAAAUCUUUGACUUACGAGUGUUUACCCAUAGCAAGACCGAAAUCUAUAACACUUGUGAUUGCCCCACUUGUCACCAUUAUGUCGGAGCAGUGCAGUAAACUGGAGCGUCUAGGAUUCCGGGCUACGUAUAUUGGUAAAGAUCAUUCAGAAACGGAAAACAUCAAACGUGGACUGUAUGAUUUUGUGUUUGGUAGCCCGGAGAUUUUAGUAGGCGAUGUCACAUGGCGAGAGGUUUUGAAGACCCAAGUAUACCAAGAAAAGCUUAAACUAAUUGUUGUUGACGAGGCACAUACAGUACUACAGUGGGGAGAAAGUGAUGGUGAAGAUGAUCCUUUUCGAGUAUGGUUUUCUAAGAUAGGAGAGCUUAGAUCCCUCUGUCCUUCGGCAUCAUUAGCAGCUUUGACAGCAACAUCUGGGCCAGUGCAGAGAAGAAAAAUUAUGAAACUUUUGUGUUUUCAAGCCAACAGUACCAUUAUCUUAGACUCACCAGAUAGGAAAAAUAUUAAAAUCUCAUCACAGUGUAUCCCAAACAAUGAAAAUUUACAGAAAGUGUUUCACUGGUUGAUAGAGGACCUGAAAAUAAAAAAAGACAAGCUUCCAAGAUAUAUUAUUUUCUGUGAAAGAAUUCAAGAUGUCUCCAAAAUUUACACAUUAUUUGUAAAAAUCUUUGGAAAUAACUGCGAUUUAUUUGACAUGUUCCACAGUAAGACAAGUGAGAAGGUAAAAGACAAAAUAAGAAAAGACAUGAACACUGAUGGGACAAUAAGAAUUCUUGUGUGUACCAAUGCUGCAGGGAUGGGGGUCAAUUUCCAUGGUGUGAACAAUAUAAUUCACUUUAAUUUACCCAGACAAAUGGAUACCUUUGUUCAGCAGAUGGGAAGGGCUGGCAGAGAUGGUGGACAAUCACACAACCUAAUUCUCUACAAGACACAUAAAGGACACUUGAAAAGAGUUGAUCCUGUUUUAGUCAGACUAGCAAAAGAUAACAGCAAAUGUCGGCAUGAAUUGCUAUGUGAAGCAUACUUAGUAGCUCAUAGCACUAUAUCCCCUCUUCAUAACUGCUGUGAUGUCUGUGACAAAAAAUGUGAAUGUAAACAAAGUGAGUGUCCAUAUACUCAUAGAUCUUUUUUAAAGGAUGAAUGUGAAUCUGAAUCAUCUGAUGAUGAAGAAAUUUGUAGACAAGUUUCAGACAAUGACAGAAAGAUUUUGAACCAAAAACUUAUUUCAUAUAAACAUUCUAUGUCAUUUUCUGCUUGUGGAGGUAUUGUUGAUAUUAUACAUGGUUUAACUGAUGAGCUUGUAACUCUUAUAGUGCAAAAGUGUGACAAAAUAUUUACUCCUGAUGAUGUUCUUAAAAAUUUUCCUAUAUGGUCUUUCCAAACAGCUUUUGAAAUAUGCACUAUUGUUUCAGAGGUUUUUGGAGAUACAGAAAUGUAUAAUCUGCUUGAAGAAACUGAAGAUGAAGAAUUUUAAUGUUUCUUUCCUUUCAUUAAAAUUUCCUUGAUUUA